AUGGCCGAAUCAACCGAGUCCAACAAUUCCACUCCUACCAGUGCCCGGUCGGAAGAUGGCGACAGAGAAGAAAUGUCGAAGAAACCAGAAGCAACAUCAUCAACAGAUUCUAAACUCGAGUGUCCCGUAUGUCUGCAGACGUGCGUCCAUCCCGUCCGGUUACCCUGUGGUCACAUUUUUUGCUUCCUAUGUGUGAAGGGCGUUGCAUUCAAAAAUUUACGCUGCGCUAUGUGCCGUUGUGAUAUUCCACUGACCUAUCUAGAUCAUCCGCAACUAGUAAACGGUGUGGAGGAGAUAGUGCGUGCAGCUACCGCAACCGUAUCGGAUGGUAAUGAGUACCGCUGGUACUACGAGGGUGGUCACGGAUGGUGGCAGUACGAUGAACGCACCAGCCAGGAGCUGGAAGAAGCCUAUCUGCGGGGCGACAAGAGUUGCAAAAUAUUGGUGGCCGGAUUCGUGUACAUCGUCUCGUUCGAACACAAGUGUCAGAUACGGCAGAAUGAUUAUUCGCGCAUACGGCGCAUUAAACGGGAUCUGGUGAGCAUACCGAAGAAGGGCGUUGCCGGGUUGCGGCUUGAAACGGGUGACAACAACCCGCCAUCGACCACGAGCAACGACAUGAACGAGCUGUCUUCCGCGAUGGGUGAAAUGAAUCUCAAUGAAGGUGCUUCCACGUCUGCCUCCACAUUAGCCACUGGGAUGGUUAAUGUGCCAGCUAUGGGGGAUUCGAUCGAAGCUAAUGAACAUGAACCGGAGCCAGAUGGUGGCAGUGGUGCUGAGAGUGAAAGUUCCGCCGGUCUCGGUAACGAGACAGAUGAGGUGCCCUGCAUUUCGACCCCUACAGUUACUUCUCCAACCAGUGGAAGCAGUACUUCUGCAAGAAGCAGUGUAAAUGAACGUGCAAAUCCCCGAAUGCAGGAGCUGAUCGAUCUCAACCAUCACGAAUACUCAGCUUCAGACAGUGAUGACGAAGGAAGUGAUGAUGGGGAUGAUAACUUACUUGUGCUAUAA